AUGGAAGCCAUCAUGAAGCAAGUCAAACACCAGUUCAGACAAAAAGAUGAGCAAGAAGCAUCGUUAAUCAGACAGCUUGAAGAGGAGUAUCCACCACUACAAGCAGAUCAUAAAAAUAUAAAGAAAUGGUAUGUGAUAUUCAACGGAGAAAACAAAGGAGUCUACGAUGAUUGGGGAAUCACCAAUUCAUAUAUUCUUGGAAAAAAUGUCAUUCAUAAAAGCUACAAAACAAAAACCGAAACAGAAGCCGCAUACAAUGAAGCAUACAAAGUCGUAAUAAGAGAUAAUGUCGAAUGUUCGAAAACAAUCCUUCUUGCACCACAAAAACCUGUAUCCAUCCCAAAAUCUCCUAAUCAACUCCAUGCUAAAAUCGCCCUCGAAGUUAUUCCGUCAACCAAAGAAAAAGAAGCUAUGAAAAAACCAACUGCCCAAAAAUUUUCUAAACUAUGGGGAAGCCUCAUUUCAUACACCGAUGUCCAUUCUUUAAUGGGUUUCUACCCAGUAGCUAGGCGCCCAGGCCCCAAAGCAGUUUUUCUAGCCGAUUUAUCAGUCCCCAUGACCUUAUGGGAUUAUUUUAUUCAUGGAUUUAUCGAUACCAUUUACUUAGAAGGAACUAAUCUUCACUGCAUCAGCGAAUUUCCAUCAUCUGUACAAACCGUAAUAAGAAAUUAUAAGGCACGCUUUGCCAAGCAAGAACGAGGAUUAUUUAUAAAAAUGCAUUCUAGCUAUCCAAUCUUUGAUGAAGACAAACAACUACUUGUCCCAAGCAUUACCUUCGCAAACAAGGGAAUUAGCAACGGCUUAAAACCAACAAAAGAUGACCUACCUCAUGAUGAACCCACACAAGACCAUCUGAUUUUUGCAUUAGCCAGAGUCUACCUGUCAUAA